AUGAGUAUUCAUAAAUAUAUUGAGCAUUUGAGAGAAUUUGACUAUGAACGAAUAUAUGAAACAUUAAGUGAAUUGUCGAAUGAGAUUUUAUUAGAAAAAAAUGAAAUAACUAUGAAUUUUCGAAAAUUUCUUGUUAUAUAUGAGUGUAUGUGGGAUGUUGAAUUGCUUGAAAAAGAGGAAUUGAAGAAUAAAUUUAAAGAUAUUUUUUUGGCUAUUCAAAAGAAAAAUAAAUUUUUACGUAUUUAUGAUGAAGUUGUUCCUGCAAUGGUUUAUUUUCUUUUUGAUGAAAAGUUUCAAGAUUUUUAUUCAUGGGCUGAAAUUUCAUUGAAAAAACUUUCAAGGAAAUUAAAUUUGUUCGAAUUUACGUCGAUUGCAAAAAAGCCUUUUACUAUUGCUAUGGAUAAUUAUUUGAAAACAAAUAAUGCAAUGUUUAAGACAUCAAUGUCAAUAUUCUGGAAGGGCGUAUCGAUUUUAUUUCAUUAUACUGAAAAAGAGUCUAUAAUUGCAGAUCUUUACAGUCAAGGAUGGGAUAUUGUUGGUCUUACAUGUUCUCGAUUUUCUGAAAAUACGCCUAUAAUUUUGGAUAUUUUGAAUGCGUUUUUUACGCUUUUAGAUGUUCUUGGAUCAACAUUUUGGGAACAAGCAAUGUAUUGUAAUCCUCUAAAUGCUAUUGAUACUAUAUGUCAAAAUAAUUAUAUACAUAAAUUGAUUAAGACUUUGGAUAUGAGUAAUAGUCAGAUGAAUGAGAGCUCAUAUAUGUCUUUUGUCUUACCUUUUAUCUGGGUAAAGCCAUUCAUUAAUAGUUUACAAGAUUCGAAUAGACAUCAUUCAUGUUCCAGAUUUAUGCUUUAUUUUCUCGAGUAUUUUCAACAAGAUGACUAUUCAAAGGAAAAUAGAGAUAAUUGUAAGAUUCUUGCGUAUCAGAUUUUGAGUAUGGAGUUUGAAAUUUUAUUAAAGAGUGGUUUUAUGGAUUUUGAUGCAUAUUUGAUAUUAAUUCAAGAAAAUAAAAAAGUUUUUGAAAAAUACUUAGGAAUUGUUGAGGAGUCUCUUUUUUCUACACAAACAAAUGAUUUUUUAAAGUCUGAGGCUUGUCGAUUGAUAGGAUUUGUUUUAAAAGUGGACUGUAAGAUUUUGCAACAGGAGUUUUCCAAUAUGAUGAAAAAGAGUGAAAAAUUCGAUGAUUCUGUUAUGACUAUUACUAAUUAUACUUUGGGAAGGAUAUGGGAUAUUUUAAUUCAGAAUAUUAGAGAUUGUGAUUUAGAUAUUAUGUCUCAGAUAUUUCAAUCUCUUUCUUCAUUGUCUUGCAUUGAAAUAAUACAGGAGUCUGAAAAAUUUGUUUAUUUUAAUAAGAUAGCGAUGGAAUUGAUUUUAAAAGCGACUCAGUUAUUCUGUAAAUUUGACGGAAUGGGUUCUGAUAUAUUUAAAACAAUGUUGCAGGUUCCCGAGAUUAAUCAUUCUAUUAUAUCAUUAUUGUUUUCUCCAGUUAUAGAAAUAGGUCAGUUGUCAUCUAAUAUAAUUAAACAAGCAUAUGAUUGUAUUGAUCAAUAUGAAAUUUUUCGGUUUGAUUUAUCUCAUAAUUUUGUUUCUACAUUAGUGGGGUUAAUAAAUGCUGUUGACAAUUUUGAAAAUAUCCAAUCUUUUUCUGUUGCUUCUAAAUUAAUAAAGGCAUUCGUUAUAGUUCUUGAUAUAUUGUGUUCUUCUGAAAAUGGUCUUUUAUUAUUGGAUCAAUAUAAAUCAAAAGACUACCGCCCUGUUAUAAUAUUGUUAUGGAGUCAGUUUUGGACGUUUUUAAAAAUGUCAUUUUUAUUUUCUUUGUCAUGGGCCAAUGAUUUUCCAAAAGAUUCUAUGGUUGUUUUCAUAAGAGAUGUGUUGAAAAUGGUUAGUAAUAUGGUAAUUUACUCUAAAGUCUAUGAUUCGAUUAUUUUAUUAGAUAAUGGUGAUUCGGAAGAGUCUUUUCAUACUUUUCAUAAAUUGUUUUUUCAGAUACAAGAUUGUCUUAAAUAUUCGUUUAGAUGGCUUCGCUUGAGUGAUAAAGAGCUUUUAAUUUCCACUGUUGAUUUUAUUUGUCUUUUGCUUUUUCGCUUAAAAGUUGGGAAUAUAGUUGUAGAAGAAAGUGUAUUGGCUAUUCUUAGGGAUUUUCUUGAGAAAAAGAGCUAUAAAACUAGUCUUACUAAUGAGCAAAAGAUAAAAUUGUGUUCUGCACUUCAGGAGUUUGAAUUGAUGUUGGAUAAGUUUAAUGAUGUAAAGGUUUAUGAGUCGUCUAUUUUAUCGCAAAAGUUGCUUGGUAAUAAUUCUAAGAUUUGCGUUGGCGAUGUAGAGAGAAAAACAUCUGAUAUUAGUCGUUCUGAAUCUCUUGAAUUAGGAAGUUUAUCAAAUUUUGCUUCAGAAACAAAAUCAAAAGUACAAACAAAAAUGGUUAUGGAAGUACUCAAUUCUAAAGCUGUAUUGCCUUCUCAUGAAUCAGGAAAUAAUCUAAAUAAAUAUAAUCUGAAGAAUUUGGGUUAUUCUAAAAAUAAAUCUUUAAAUUCUCAUAGAUUGGGUUUUAAAUCUAGUUCAAUAAGACAAUUUCGUUUAGACCUAUUAAGAGAUAAGAAAAUAAAUAGGGAGUUGAGAAAAUCUAUUAAAACUAGUACAAAUACUUUAGGUUCAAAGCUUUUUAGAUCUGAAGCACACUCGGAUGAUCUUAAAGAUCGGGAUUUAGAAGAAUUAGUUUCGUCUGAUACAGAAUCCGGAAAUAGUAACAUUGAUAAUCUACCUUUGAUGAAAGGUAAAAUUUCUCCGAAAAUUCGUCAAAUAAAACGUAAGUCUGUUCAAAGAUUGGAUCAUGAUAUUGUAGGCAGUAGUUUAUUUUCUAAACAGAAAUUACAGAAACAAAAAGUUAAUACUUUAAAAAUGAAGUUAUUUCCUUCAUUGUCGCCAUUGCAUAAACAAGUUUUACAAUGGAAUGUAAGCUAUAAUGGAGAAAUUCCUCCCUGUGCUAUUAAACAGACAUAUUUGGAGGUUGAUAAUAAAUUCCAAACACCACAGGCUUAUCUGGAUACUUUUGAACCAUUAUUGCUGUUAGAAUGUUGGCAACAAAUUAUUAAAGCCAAAGAAGAGAAUACAGAUGAAACAUUUAAAAUAAAAAUAAUAAAUAGGAUCUCUGUUGAUGAAUUUAUAGACCUUUAUGUUUUUAUUUCUUAUGAAAUAUUUAAUUCACUUGUUAUUUUGGAUUCCGAUAUUUUGGUUAUUUCAGACGUAUCAAAUCCAUUUACAGAAUUUAAUGCUAAGUCAUGCUUAGCAAGAGUUCAAACGAUUUCAAAAAAAAAGAAUUCUGUUGAGCUUAUCUUAAGAACAUGUCCUUUAAACAAAAUAACUGCACUUUUUUAUCCAAGUAAUGAGCUUUAUGGGCUUAAACUAUUUAGCUUAGUUACAAUUCAGAGAGAAUAUUCUGCUUUAAAAAGUCUAGAAUAUUUGGAGCUUUGUGAUAGUAUUAUUAACGCUAGGUCCCAGCCAUUUCCUCUAGUCUCUUCUGCUGAAAUUCAACAUGCAAUGACUACUUAUGAUGUAAAUGAACCUCAAGCGGAAGCUAUUGUUGGUGUAACAAAAUCUACUGGAUUUUAUCUUAUACAAGGACCUCCAGGAACUGGGAAAACAAAGACAAUUUUGGGUAUGAUUAAUGCUUUUCUUUCUCAAUCGAAAAAUAGAUUUUGUUCUGGAGAAACUCAUGAGAAUAAUUCAAUAUCUUCAAGAAUACUUGUAUGCGCUCCUAGUAAUGCGGCUGUUGAUGAAAUUGUUCUACGUCUUAAGCAAGGGCUUCCUGAUUCAAAGGGAAUUAAAUAUUAUCCUAAGAUUGUUCGUGUUGGAUCAAAUACUGCUGUUAAUUUUAAUGUUAAAGAUGUUACUUUAGAUAAUCUUGUGGAAAUGGAACUUUCAAAAUCCAAUAUAAAACUCGAGCAUGGCAAUCAAAAUGUAAAUCAGAAAACAUUAAGAGAACAAUUAAAUGAAAUUUUGAAACGACGGGAUUUUUUAUUUAUGCAAUUAGAGAACCAGGUAACUGAACAAGAAAAAAAAAAGAUGGAAAUUGAGUUAAAAUCUUUAAAUUUUCAAAAGAAUAAUUUAGGUCAACAGCUUGAUGAAUUAAGGGAUCCGCUGAAUGGUACUGGCAAAUCAUUGGAUAUUAUACGACAUGACGUUCAAAUUGAUAUUCUUAAAAGUGCAAAUGUAAUUUGCACUACACUUAGUGCAAGUGGUUAUGAACUUCUUGGGAAUUUGGCCUUUGAUUUUCCCACUGUUAUUAUUGAUGAGGCUGCACAAUGUAUAGAGCUUAGUACAAUAAUACCAUUGAAAUAUGGAUGCAGGCGUUGUGUUCUUGUAGGAGAUCCUAACCAAUUACCUCCUACUGUAUUUUCUCAAGUGGCUGCAAAUUAUUUAUAUGAACAAAGUCUUUUUGUAAGAAUGCAAAAAAAUUGUCCUUCUUCAGUUCAUAUGCUGAGCAUACAAUAUCGUAUGCAUCCAUGUAUUAGUCAAUUUCCAAGUAAGAUUUUUUAUUCAAACAAAUUAUUUGAUGGUGAAAAUAUGAGAGAAAAGGCAAAAAGGCCUUGGCAUCAAAUAAAUCUCUUUGGUCCUUAUCGCUUUUUUGAUAUUCAUGGAUAUGAAGACGAAGUUUCUUGUUCUCCCUUUAAUCUUAUGGAAGCACGUGCUGCAUUGUUAAUUUAUGAAGCUAUUACACAGAAAUUUCCUUCUGUGAAUUUUAAUGGUUCUUUUGGGAUUAUUACUCCUUACAAACAACAACUUAGUAAAAUUAAAGAGUUGUUCAUAAAAAAAUAUGGUAAUCUUAUUUUUGAGAAUGUUGAUUUUAAUACUGUUGAUGGAUUUCAAGGUCAAGAAAAAGAUAUUAUUAUAUUAUCAUGUGUUAGGACUUCCACAAAAGGAAUUGGAUUUCUUUCAGAUAUUAGACGAAUGAAUGUAAGUUUAACUAGGGCUAGAUCUUCUUUGAUAAUAUUGGGCAAUGUUAAGGCACUUUCUUGUCAUUCUUAUUGGUAUUCUCUUAUUAAAGACUCUAAAGAAAGAGGCUUGCUUACUAAGUUUGAUGAUAUCUUUAAAAUUUUAAAAGAAAAAAAAGAUGCUGAUUUUUGUAAUUUUGAUAUAAAAUCUGAUGAAAAGGUAAAUUAUAAAGUUGAUUCAUUUGGGGAAAAUACUGGUAUUCAAAAUUUUCGAUUGGAAUUGAUUGAAAAUACUUCAUGUUUGAAAAAUAAUAAUAAUAUCAUUUCUGAAAAUUUUCAAGUAUCUGAAGAAAGAGUUGAUAAAAAGGCUGGAUCUGAUUCAAAUUUCUUAAUACCUUCAGAAAAGAAACCUGAUGUUUCUCUUCUAAUUCAUAAAAGACGUUUAGAUUGUGAUAUUUUUAUACGUAGACCUAAAAUUAAAAAGAAGUGA